GGCCACCACUGUUGAAUAUAUUAAAUAAUUUAUUACAUAGGAGCAAUAUGCAACCGCAGAUGGCCGUUCAGAAAUUUAUGGAAGAAGCUGUUGUCUUCAGGGGGAAAUUUAACCGUGACAAGACAAGGCAGGCUGGCAGAAGACUGUGGAGUACAUUGGAAGAUUCAGAAAUUGGUAAUUUUGGAGGAGAUUUUAAGCAAAAAUAGAUACAAGAUGAAUAAAUAAAUUGCUCAAGCUAGCCUUAAGAAAAGGCUCAGUAGAACUACUAAAGAAGAGUAUAAAGCAAAAGUCUCAAUACAAAUAAAAAGGUUAGAAGCAUCUCGAGUAUUGAUAUGAAAAAUAAGAAAAAGUUUGCAUGAAGAAACAUUGAUAGCAUCAUUAAUCAUUGAAGUGGGAAUACCCUAACUUGACAUAACAAUCUAAUCUUGAGCAAACAGAUUGGCAAUUCCCAGAUGAAAUUGAAAUAGCAUUAUAGCUGCAAAAAUGAGGAUUUCUGGUGCAAAAACUACCCUUGCUACGAAACUGUUUAACAAAGAAAAGAUUUUAAACCGGAAGCGAAAAAUUGAUAAAUACCAGUUUCUAAAAUUAAAGGCUAAGGUAUUGAGGGAUAGAGGUAGUAGCCUGCCCUCUCCUCAUGGAAAUAACUAUAAUUACGAUGAUAUCAGCAACAAUAAAUAACAGAUAUAUAUUUCAUAAAAUGGGUGAAAAUUCUCCUCAGCUAAAUAUUUUUACAGCUAAUGUAACCUUCUCUAUUUGCCCCUCUGCGCUAUCCCAAGGAAACCUGACGAAGGGUAAGCAGCAUGAAUACUGUAAAAGAGAUGAGAAACUUGGAGCUUGCCUGAAAUCCAGCAUAAACAGAUCCUUCAAGUGAUCUAACUCCAUAUUGCCCAAGAUCGGCAGGAAGUUUACACACUAA